UAAAUAUCUCAUAAUAUCAUCUGAACCCUAUCCAUCCACAAUUUUCAAAUUUUUAUCCACUACUGCAAUGGUUUACUGGAAGCUUGAAAUCCCCCAAAAAUGGCGACUCCAAUGGCGUUAGCUUCUUCAUCCUCUAAUUUCCUUUCCCUUCCGCGCACUGCAACGCACCUUUCGUUCUCGCCAAAGUGGCCGGUGCUCUAUCCCAAGCCAUGCUUCUCUAUAUCUUCCCUCGCCUCUCCGGAUUUAGACCCAUCGUUGCCCUCAAACGUUCACACCUUCUGGCAAUGGCUUCGCCAGGAAGGCAUGGUCUCCUCCAAGACUCACGUGAAGCCGGCAAUUUUCCCUGAAGGCCUCGGACUGGCUACCACCAAAGACCUAUCCAAGAACGAGGUCGUUUUGGAGGUUCCCAAACGAUUCUGGAUAAAUCCUGACGCGGUUACUGAUUCCGAGAUUGGAAAUGCGUGCAGUGGAUUGAAGCCAUGGGUUUCUGUUGCUCUGUUUCUGAUUAGAGAAAAUUUGAAGGACGACUCGCGUUGGCGACGGUACCUCGAUAUUCUCCCGCCACAAACGGAUUCGACUGUGUUUUGGUCUGAAGAGGAGCUUGAAGAGCUCCAAGGAACCCAACUUCUGAGUACGACUUUGAAUGUAAAAGAAUAUGUUAAGAGCGAAUUUCUUAAGGUUGAAGAACAGAUAUUGCGCCACCACAACGAUCUAUUUCCUUCUCCAGUUACUCUGGAUGACUUCUUUUGGGCUUUUGGGAUACUCAGAUCAAGGGCAUUUUCACGACUCAGAGGCCAAAACCUUGUUUUGAUUCCUUUUGCUGACUUGGUCAACCAUAGCGUUAGCGUAACCUCAGAAGAACAUGCAUGCGAGGUUAAGGCACCUGCAGGCCUCUUCUCAUGGGAUGUCCUAUUCUCUCUCCGGUCCCCAACUUCUGUUAAGGCUGGCGAGCAGGUUUUUAUCCAAUAUGACUUAAAAAAGAGCAAUGCGGAGUUAGCUCUUGACUAUGGGUUCAUAGAGCCAAAAUCCGACCGCAAUGCAUAUACACUGACAUUUGAGAUUCCAGAGUCAGACCCUUUCUUUGAUGACAAGCUAGAUAUUGCUGAGACAAAUGGCCUUGGCGAGACUGCUUAUUUCGACAUUGUUUUGGAGCGUCCUUUUCCACCUGCAAUGCUUCCAUUCCUGCGGCUGCUAGUGCUUGGAGGCACAGAUGCAUACCUGUUGGAAUCUCUGUUUAGAAACUCAAUAUGGGGUAAUCUUGAAAUGCCUGUUAGUCGAGCAAAUGAAGAGCUUGUAUGUCAAAUGGUCAGAGAUGUUUGUGAGGCUGCUCUUUCUGCCUACCAUACCACCAUAGAAGAGGAUGAGAAGGUAAAAGGAGAAAAUCUUGAUUCAAGGUUGAGGAUUGCUGUUGGAAUAAGAGAAGGAGAGAAAAGGGUUUUGCAGCAAUUAAUCAAAAUUUUCCAUGACAGAGAACUGGAAUUAGAUGAAUUGGAAUUUUACCAAGAUAGGAGGCUAAAGGAUUUUGGGCUAUGUGGGGAGCAAAGUGAAAUCAUCUUUUGGGAGUCCAAAUAGGCAUGAAAGUAGGAUAAGUCAUUCAUUUUGUGUCUGAAUUUUACUUAACUAGCUUAUAUUAAUAUUAGGUGUUGGAAUAUCCUUUAUUGGAUUCAAAUAAAUGCCUUAACCUCUAGAAAUAUUUAGCGGUUUAGAUCAUUCCACUACCAUAAUUUCAAAAA